CCUGUAAAUUCAGUUUCCCCUCAUCAUAAAUUGCAAUGGCUUUCUAAACAAUGCGCCAUGGCAACAACAACACCACGCACAGCUGUUGGCCCUUGAAAGCUAUUUGCAAACAGAGGAUAUCAUAGACAAGAUGAUGACCUCAUUAGCAGUCAGGAAGUACUCAUUAUUUGUCAGUUUCACCUGUGAGUUCCCAGGUUUAGAUACCUUACAUGUGUCUUCAGAUAAGAAUCACAGAGGUUCUAAAGAAAUAGACAUGGACAGACAGACUUUGUCAUUUAGACAGGCAGAAGCAAUUUGUCAAGUGUAUGAUUUCAGGUUCCAUUUAAGCUUGCUAAGCUACCUGAAAGGGGAGGGGAGGAGCACUGUUAGCUCAGCAGGGCGGGGCUGAGUGAGAGAGUUGGUGAGAGAUCACACUGCAUUCAUGUGUAGUCAGGCUGCUGUCAGCUAGAGUGAAACAACCCAUGACUUACAACAUUCCUGUGAAAACUGCUGUCAGAGCAAAACAGUAGGAAGCUGCUCCUUUGUAUACUGUGGCUCACUUUCUCUUAACCAUAUUUGAGUUUUGACUGGCUAAAUUAUUUGUAUUUAUUUAAUAUUAAUUUUUUUCCGUGGGAGAAGGACAGUUUGGGAGCAAAAGAACAACUCUGGAAUUUCCGAGCAGGUCAGUGACUGCGAUGGUCUAGAGCCCCUGUCUGGUAUUGGUAAUGGAGCUGAAGGUGUGGGUGGAUGGGAUUAUGAGGGUGGUGUGCGGCUUGUCAGAGCAGACAUCAUGCCAGGAGGUGGUGAUCGCACUGGCGCAAGCAAUCGGUCAAACGGGACGCUAUGUUCUGAUUCAGAAACUGCGGGAUACAGAGAGGCAGCUGCUGGCCAAUGAAAAACCUCUGGAGUCUCUGGCAAAUUGCGGACAGUACGCCAACGAUGUGCAGUUCAUCCUACGGCGGACUGGCCCCAGCGCUAGCGAUCGACCCUCCUCCAGCAAAGACACGCAGCCUCCUGAAAGGACGUUUGUCAGGGCAAGUCUGCCUGUUAAAAACAAAGCUGAGGGCACACAGCUGCCCAAAUGCAGGGAGCCUAAGAAGUCCAUGACAUUCAGUUUGAGACCUAUGGGGACAGGGGAUCUUUCACCAAGGAGUAAAUUUAAGCAACACAGACAAAACGGAGGUGACUCCAGAGACACUAGGGACCAGGCUUCUCCUGUUGCCCACGUUUCCAAAAAGGACAUCUUCAAAAAGAUGCUGCUUCAGCAGGAGCAGCUUCACGCUCUGGAAUCGCAGAUCAAGUCCCUGGAAUCAGAGAUCCACUCCUGGGAGAGGCCGAUUGAGCAAGACCUGGAGGACGAGCUGUCCUUGCUGGAGCUCAGAGUCAAGAAGAAUGGGGUGGAGCUGGAGGAGGGGGAGUUCUGGGAGAGCGAGCUGCAGAUCGAGCAGGAGAGCGAGCAGGCUAUGCAGAGGUACCUAAAUGACCUGCACAAGACCCUUCAGGACUGUGCCCAUAAACUUUCCAACUGCAGCAGCAAGUCAGAGGCUCUGGAGCGCAACAUCCAGCUGGAGAGCACAGAGCGCUCCAAAAAAAGCAAAUCCUCCUCGAGUCAUGCAGAGCCAGAAGAGGCCCUGGCCAGGAUAAAGGACGAUAUAGAGGCCAAGACCAAGCAGAGCAUCGCGCUGGAAACCUCCCUGAGCAUCACAGAGAGAGCUGUGCAGGAGGCUGAGAGAACCCUUCAGAUGAAGCAACUGGAGCAGGAGGAGCUGAACAAGGAGCUGAGACAGUGUAACCUCCAGCAGUUCAUCCAGCAGACCGGGACCCCCGUAACAGCCCAGCACCCCCACAGCGAGCAUGCAGAGCAGCCGGACAGACCCAUGGAGCCCCUGCCAUACAGCCACACAAAUGGGGGUUCUCCAAUCCCCAACACAGACUCCCCUCCGCUGCCCACAGCUAAACAGCUCCUGGGCAACCCUCGCAACCUCCAGAAUCCACUGGUGUCCAGCUUGAAUCCAGAGGUCCGAUCAUCAAGGGAGACCACCUGGAGGUAACAUGGGGCCAGCAAGCAUAGGAAAGGUGCUGAUCUCUGUAUAUCAAACUAUAUGUUUUAUUCUUUAAAAUUAUAUCUAUUUUUGUUAGGUUUUCUUGCAAAAUGAGAUACUGCGAAGCAUGAAAUAGACAUAUUUUG